UGACAGUUUAUCAAAUUUGUUUAGGCUAUUUGUAUUUUAGCCAUUGUCGAUACGUGCGAAAGUUUCACGGGGAAAGAAUGCCGUCAGACUCAGGAAUGGUUCCAGAUAUUGAGGUCGACGAAGAUUUUCAGGACGAAUCCAAAACGUUUAACGAGUUGAAAAGCAAGCCCUUGAAAAACAGUGAUCCUCUGGACCAACAUGGGUUCCCCAAGCCCCCCCAGAGCCCCACAGUGCUCCCCACAGUGACGUCACGUGUCCUGCUCCACCAGCAGGUGAUGUGGGACCAGCUCCAGGAGCAGGACCAGCGGGAACAGAGGGAACAGAGUGAGAGGAACACCAGGCACCCCUCACACCAUCUCCUGCACCCCAGCAGCCCCCAGACCCCUCCCAUCAAUGUCACGCUGCCCUCCAACCUGCCCACUGUGACCCAUGUGCCCAUGGAAGUCCUCAAGGUACAGACACAUCUGGAGAACCCCACCAAGUACCACAUCCAGCAGGCCCAGAGGAAGCAGGUGAGGCAGUACCUGUCCACAACCCUUGGGGGUAAGCCUGGCAGCCAGGCCGGCAGCCUGCAGUGCCCCAGCCAGCCCCCGGAGCACGGGAUGCCCCCCGGCCCAGGCAGCAGUGCCCCCAACAGCCCCAUGGCCCUGCUGACCCUCAGCUCCAACUGCGAGAAGGAGAUGGAUGAUGUCAUUGAUGACAUUAUUAGCUUGGAAACAAGUUAUAAUGAGGAUAUUUUUGGACUUAUGGACCCAGGACUCCAGGUUACUAAUACACUCCCUGUAUCUGGUAACCUUCUGGACAUGUAUGGAAAUCAAGGGCUUCCCCCAAAUGGACUUGCCAUCAGUAACUCCUGCCCUGGUAGCUUAUCCAACAUCAAAAGGGAAUUCUCAGCUCCUGGCAUGAUGCACGUACUGGACAAUACUGGAUCCUAUGGCCAGUUUGACAACUACCAAAGGCCCGAGGGCUUUCCAGUUGCUGAGGUUCGAGCGAUGGCCAAGGAGAGACAAAAAAAGGACAACCACAACUUAAUUGAACGAAGGAGAAGGUUCAACAUCAACGAUCGAAUCAAAGAGCUUGGAACCCUGAUUCCUAAGUCUAAUGAUCCGGACAUGCGCUGGAAUAAGGGCACCAUUCUGAAGGCCUCAGUGGACUACAUCAGGAAGCUGCAGAGGGAGCAGCAGAGAGCUAAGGAGGUGGAGCUUAGACAGAGAAGGCUGGAGCAUGCCAACCGCCAUCUGAUGCUGCGCAUACAGGAGUUGGAGAUGCAGGCGCGGGCUCAUGGUCUUGCAAUUCUGCCGUCGUCUUCCCUCUGCUCCUCUGAGCUGAUAGCCCGAGCCAUCAAGCAGGAGCCCAUCUUAGGAGACUGUCCCUCAGACCUGUACCAGCAGCCAGGUCCUGACAUGUCCCCUCCCACCACACUGGACCUCAACAACGGUACCAUCCACUUUAACGACAGCCCUGUGGAUGCAGGUGACCCAGGGGCAUAUGGCUCCAGCAAAGCAUCCACUAAACUGAAGGACAUUUUAAUGGACAACACCUUGUCGCCCAUAUCAUCCAAUGACCCCCUUCUGUCCUCAGCUUCCCCAGACACCUCCAACAGCAGCAGCAGGCGUAGCAGCAGCUCAAGCAUGGAGGAAAAUGAUCAUGGUUGUUAGCACUGCCCACAAGCUUAAAUCACACUGACAUUUUAUAAAGUAGCAUUGUUAUUACUGGAGCCAACGCUAGGUGCUGCUAUGGCCUAUUCCUUGAGAUGCUUCCCUGCUAGCAUCCAAAGCUGUCCUCCAUACUCAGUGGAUAAAGACAGUGGGAUUUUCCCUCCCAUUGUGUUCAGAAGUUUUGUCUUUUGUUUUUGUUUGUUUUACAAUAUUGUGUCUCUUUCUGGAAUCAAAUCUGGCUGUUCAGAUUAGGCUACUCUACCUAAAGUGACUGCUGAGAUUUCAAUGUACUGUAGCGUUCACUUUUCAUGUGUGAAUUAUUUGACAGGAAGUGCACAAUAACAUGGCAAGAAGGUAUUAUAUGUGUAAUAUUUUGAUAUUUUUUUCAUAUCAUGACCAUUUGUUGAAUUAGUUUAAAACAUUUGUUUUGUGAGAUAUCAUAGAGCAAUAUAUAUUUAGUUGAAUACUUAAAUUAGCUGAUAAUAAAAUUUCACCAAGAUUUUAAGAUGAGAUAAGACACAUUUUUACCCUUAAAUUUAGAAGCAAUGGUUUGAAACCUACAAUAUUGUUUGCGACUAGAAACAACUUUCAGGAACAAUGAAUACAAUUUGAAUGAAUACAACCUGUUAAUGAAUUUAGUUUACGACAUGGUGAUAUCUAAAGUGAAGAUAUUUGUACAAAACAACACUGUAAAUAUACAUAUUUUGUGAUUUCAUUUUUUGAAGUAGGCCUUUAAGUAUUAAAUUGAAAGUGAAUUCAUUUCAUUUUUAUUCCCUUGGCUAUCUCAACCAUAUCAUUUAGAUCGUUGCUCUUACCCCAUACAAAGUUGUAAUGCACAUGAAGAUAAUAUUUUGUCCAGGUCAAACCAAUGACACAUAUUUAGCUCAGAAGGAGCACCUGCGACCAUUGUUUUUGAAUGUCAAACUGCUGAAUUACUAUCCUUAAUAUAACUUUAUGAUGACUAAUAUCAAUUCCUAAUAUAACUUUCCAUAAGACCACUACAUGGUCCUCUGUAAGUAUUUCGUAUUUUAUUAGGAUCCCUAUUAGCCACUACUAAAGCGGCAACUACUCUUCCUGGGAUCCACACAAAACAUGACAUAAUAAUUUUUUUAUUUUAUACAUAACAUAGGCUGACACUUUUUGCUAAACUCCGCUGACGAGAAUAUAGCAACCUUGUUUUGCUAAACUCCCCUGACGUGAAUAAAGCACCUCAGCUAACCUGUUUCGUCCUUAACGGGUUAGCCGAGAUAUUGUGUAACGCCUUACAGUACCACCCAUGAAGGGUUAGCUGAGCUAUUGUGCCAGUCUUUGGACCUGCUCAUGAACAAGGUUCCUGUGAAUCAGAUGGAGUUGUUCGACUCCUACUCAUAUAGAAAUUAACCAGGAUCAGAAGGAGUUGUUAGGCUCCUACUUAUAUCAAAUUAACCAUGAUCAGAUGGGAGUUUUAACUAAGGUCCUUGGAUUCUGCUGUGGCUUUCACCCCAGCCACCGUGAUCAGAAUUAACAGACGUGAUCUCAGCAACCUUGAAUCGUGUAGUUUCCUCCCUCUAAAGUAUCAACUUGAUGGUUUCCAACUUAGCAACUUGUCUAACAUUUCCCCCUUCAUUCCCCCACAUCACAUUCAUACUCAGCAGCGUCCACCAGUACACACUUUGUACACUUAAACCCAACAUUCCAUACAUCAAUAAUACUUUGCUCUACUGAGGCAGGCCCUGAUAACCUAAUGUCACUGCACCAAUGUUCUUUAAACAACCUGAGAGAUUCUCACAACCUCAGUCAGUGAGCUGAGCAGAGUAUCAUAUCAUGCAGAGCAUGACCGAAGUCCUUAAUCUACUGGCUUUGUUUACAUUCUUUAAGCAGGACCUGAUAUCCUAAUGCCAAGGGCACAUCUUAUCUUUAACCCAAACACCAGAUGUGCUCAGGAGGGAGAUGCUACAAGCUAUUUAGGUCAGAGGUGUUGUGCUGUGAUUCAUUGUAAAAGAUAGCCCUUUAGUAAAUACUGUAGGUAAUGUAAUCCAACACGUCAUAUUUAAUUUAGUUUUAGUCAUUUCUAUGUCUAUUAAGAUAGUUCCCCCCAUUAAAAUAAUUAUAAUAAAUAAAUACUUUUUUCAUCCGAAAUCUGGCUUGCCUACUACUUACGUAAGGUGCUUUCAAGACAACUGGAACUUGGGGAAAAAACAAGGUCAAAUCAUGUCGUCAGUGACCUUCAUGUCGGAAAGUAGGAGCUCUAGAAAGAUGCCCUCAAGAAAGAUUUUUCCCAGUCGGAGCUCGUUUUUUUUGCGAGUUCCCAGUUGUCUUGAACGCACUGAAGUCGGAAGCCUGAGAUUUCUGAGUUCCGAUGACCAGUUGUUUUGAACGAGGCAUUAGGACAAAAAGGCUUCUCAACAGUUUUUACCCCCCAAGCCAUAAGACUUCUAAACAGGUAACCAAUGGUUACCCGGACUAUUUACAUUGUGUGCCCCCACCCCCCAACCCCUCUUUUACGCUGCUGAUACUCUCUGUUUAUCUUAUAUGCAUAGUCACUUUAACCUUACAUCCAUAUACAUACUACCUCAAUUGGCCCGACCAACCAGUGCUCUCGCACAUUGGCUAACUGGGCUAUCUGCAUUGUGCCUCUCCCGCCAACCUCCCGCCAACCCCUCCUUUUACGCUACUGCUACUCUCUGUUCAACAUAUAUGCAUAGUCACUUUAACCAUACCUACAUGUACAUACUACGUCAAUAAGCCUGACUAACCGGUGUCUGUAUAUAGCCUUGCUACUCUUAUUUUCAAAUGAAUUUUUACUGUUGUUUUAUUUCUUUACUUACCUAAACACACACACACACACACACACACACACACCUUUUUUUCGCACUAUUGGUUAGAGCCUGUAAGUAAGCAUUUCACUGUAAGGUCUACACCUGUUGUAUUCGGCGCGCGUGACAAAUAUACUUUGAUUUGAUUUGAUUUAACUGCAUAAUGUGUGCUAAUUGUACUAUGUACUACAGUUGAAGUCGGAGGUUUACAUACACCUAAGCCAAAUACAUUUAAACUCAGUUUUUCACAAUUCCUGACAUUUAAUCCUAGUAAAAAUUCCCUGUCUUAGCUCAGUUAGGAUCACCACUUUAUUUUAAGAAUGUGAAAUGUCAGAAUAAUAGUAGAGAGAAUUAUUUAUUUCAGCUUUUAUUUCUUUCAUCACAUUCCCAGCGAGUCAGAAGUUUACAUACACUCAAGUAGUAUUUGGUAGCAUUGCCUUUAAAUUGUUCAACUUGGGUCAAACGUUUCAGGUACCCUUCCACAAGCUUCCCACAAUAAGUUGGGUGAAUUUUGGCCCAUUCCUCCUGACAGAGCUGGUGUAACUGAGUCAGGUUUGUAGGCCUCCUUGCUUGCACACGCUUUUUCAGUUCUGCCAACAAAUUUCCUAUAGGAUUAAGGUCAGGGCUUUGUGAUGGCCACUCCAAUACCUUGACUUUGUUGUCCUUAAGCCAUUUUGCCACAACUUUGGAAGAAUGCUUGGGGUCAUUGUCCAUUUGAAAGACCCAUUUGCGACCAAGUUUUAACUUCCUGACGGAUGUCUUGAGAUGUUGCUUCAAUAUAUCCACAUAAUUUUCCUGCCUCAUGAUGCCAUCUAUUUUGUGAAGUGCACCAGGUCUUGGCUGAUUUCUUUUGAUUUUCCCAUGUAAAGCAAAGAGGCACUGAGUUUGAAGGUAGGCCUUGAAAUACAUCCACAGGUACACCUUCAAUUGACUCAAAUUAUGUCAAUUAGUCUAUCAGAAGCUUAUAAAGCCAUGAAUUUCAGGAAUUUUCCAAGCUGUUUAAAGGCACAGUCAACUUAGUGUAUGUAAACUUCUGACCCACUGGAUUUGUCAUACAGUGAUUUAUAAGUGAAAUAAUCUGUCUGUAAACAAUUGUUGGGAAAAUUAUUUGUGUCAUACACAAAGUAGAUGUCCUAACUGACUUGCCAAAACUAUGGUUUGUUAACAAGAAAUUUGUGGAGUGGUUGAAAAACGAGUUUUAAUGACUCCAAUCUAAGUGUAUGUAAA